AUGACCAAGUUCUCAGCCCUCAUCCGUGACGCGCCCAUCGGGCAGCUCAUCCGCUUGGCGACAGGCUCCCGGUUCCUCCGCUUUCCAGAAGAAGAGCCUGGCUUUCAACUUCCGUGGGAGGCAGCUCAACUCGAAGAGAAAGCUGUUGAAGCCGACGAGGCUGCUGCUCAGCGACAACCUUCCCAUGUAUCCUCAGAACAUUCGCCGGCCGCCGACGCCGUUGAUCCAGAAAAGCCAAUCAACACAGACCAUGGUGUUGACCACGAGGCUUUGACUCACGCACCUACGGCUCGCUCAAAUCUCUCCCGCACCUCGAAGCUCACGACUUCUCGCACUGUCACUCGCGAGCAGACUCGACCAUACACGGCUGAACGCUUCGAGGCCGAGCAGGAAGAAGCCAUUGAUCGCGCUCAGAGCGCCGUGAUCAUUCCAACACGAACCGCUGACGGCGUCAUUCUGGUUGACUGGUAUACCACUGACGACCCAGAAAACCCGCAGAACUGGUCGAGCUGGCGAAAGUCUGGCGCAGUAGCAAUCAUCUUCUUCUACACAUUCACCGCAUAUGCCUCUUCUGCUACCUACACAUCUUCAGUACCGGGCGUGAUGGAGAGGUUCAACGUUAGCGUUGUAGCGGCUGGUCUUGGUCUGUCGAUGUACGUUAUCGGGUAUGGUACAGGUCCGCUGCUGUUCUCGCCCAUCAGCGAGAUUCCUGUCAUCGGCAGGAACUGGCCGUACAUCAUCUCCUACGGUCUAUUUGUCAUUCUUGCGGUUCCAACUGCGCUCGCCGACUCCUUUGCCAGCCUGUUGGUUCUCCGCUUCAUCACUGGCUACUUCUCGAGCCCGGCUCUCGCCACUGGCGGCGCGUCCAUGGGCGAUCUCUAUAACAUCAUCAAGCUCCCCUACGCUCUCACCGCUUGGACCGCCGCCGCGUUCUGCGCCCCCGCCUUCGGACCUCUCCUCUCAGGCUUCGCCGUCAUGAACGAGAACUGGCGCUGGUCCCUCUGGAUCAAUCUCUGGAUGUCCGCGCCCGUCUUCCUGAUCAUGCUCUUCUUCAUGCCCGAGACCUCCGCGGGCUACAUCCUCCUUCACCGGGCCCGCCGCCUGCGUAAGCUCACCGGCAACCCAAUGCUCAAAUCCCAAUCCGAGAUCGACCAAGCAGGAAUGGACUUCAAGCACACCCUCUGGGAGGCCCUCGCCCGACCUAUCGAGAUCUGCAUCAAAGACCCCGGUGUCCUCUUCACCAACAUCUACACCUCCUGCAUCUACGGCAUCUACUACUCCUUCUUCGAAGUCUUUCCGCUAGUCUACGUCGACAUCUACGGCUUCAACCUCGGCGAGCUGGGCCUUCCCUUCCUCGUCAUCAGCAUCGGCUGCGCCAUCGGCGUCGUCGUUUACUGCUCCUACGUCUACUACUUCGUCGAGCCGAAGAUCAAGAAACACGGCUUGGGGCUGCAAGAAGACCGCCUCAUUCCAGCUAUCUUCUCGACAUUCCUCCUCCCCAUCGGGCUGUUCUGGUUCGGAUGGAGCUCGCGGGAGAGUGUUCAUUGGAUCGUCGCGACUAUUGGGUUGACGCUGUUCCCGAUCGGAGCGUUCAUCCUGUUCCAGUGUAUCUUCAUCUACCUGCCGUUGACGUACCCGCAGUAUGCGGCGAGUCUGUUUGCGGCGAAUGAUCUGUGUCGGAGCGCGCUGGCGUCGGGAUCAAUCUUGUAUGCGCACCCGCUGUUUGUGAAUCUGGGGAUUGGGCCGGGUGUGAGCCUGCUUGCGGGAUUGUUGUGUUUGGGUGUAGUGGGUGUUUGGGGACUGUACUACUUCGGUGCGAGCUUGCGGGCGAGGAGUAAGUUUGCGCUGUCGUGA